UCCCAGCCCCUACCUCUGGACAAAACCUUCUCUACUCCUGUCCGAUCCAGGGGUUCUUUUUGCACAAACCUCAUUCAGGACAACGCAGGAAGGACCACAGCUCUGCCUCUUUUCUCGCUGCACACUGGCUUUAGUUUCAAGAACAAUGACCCGUCCAUGUCCCCCACCUGGAAGAAGAUAAUCAACUCUCCAGGAGUGAAUCCAAGUAUGGAGCUGAGCUAAUCCAACCGGGUCCUUACCAGGCUGCAUUUACCUUGUGGUGGCCAGCCUCCAGAUCUGCUACCUCUUCCCUUCUGCACAGUUGAGUCUGGGCAGCUCAGGACGAAGCUGAAGACCCACCAUGGGCCCAACAGUCACACUCCUGAUUUCCAUUGGGCUGUGUCUGGACUGGGCAGUGAGGGCACAGCAGGACCCCCUUCCCAGGCCCACCCUCUGGGCCAUCCCAAGUCCUGUGGUUUCCAAAGGAGCUGACGUGAUCCUCCGGUGCCAGGGCCACCUGGGGAGUCACCGAUUCCAGCUCUGGAAGGAUGGAGAGCUCAGAGAUGAGAGAAAUACCUCCUGGCAGCAGGCAGAGUUCAUGCUCAGAAAUGUGGAUGACUGGAGAUAUGCGGUAAACUACAGCUGCCGCUCUGGGCAGGGGCCCUUGUGGUCAGAGCUCAGUGAGCCCCUGGCCCUGGUGGUGACAGGAGCCUUCCCCAAACCCCACAUUUCAAGUUCACACUACUACUCCGCAAUAACCCCAGGGACAACAGUGACCAUCUGGUGUUACAUAUCACCACAGGGACCUUCUCACCACUACAGUUUUGCCCUGCUGGAGGCAAAGAGCCUGGAGCCCUUGCAGAGACAGAGCCCUACAGGAACCCCGGCUGCUUUCUCAUUUCCGUCUGUGAGGGCUGAGGACACUGGGAGUUACAGCUGUGUUUACUAUAGGAAGACAGCCCCCCACAUGGCGUCAUGGCCCAGCCAGACCCUGGAGCUGACUGUGUCUGGAUUCCUCCCCAGGCCCACUCUGUGGGCCCAACCUGGCCUUGUGAUGACCCCAGGGGCCAAUAUCACUUUCUGGUGCUCAAGGCCCAAGAUGUCUUCCCUUGGAGAGGUGAUUUUCACUCUGUGGAAGGCUGGGACCCAGGAGCCCUUACAGCAGCAGAUCUCAGCACAUCUCUGGACUAGCUUCCUCCUCCCACCUGUGAGACCUGAGAACACUGGGAGCUACAGCUGUACUUACAUGGUACAGACAGCGUCUGCUAGAGGAUCAGAGCACAGUGAGGCCCUGGAGCUGGUCGUGCCAGGAUCUCUCCCCAAGCCUUCCCUCUCAGCCCUCCCAGGACUUGUGGUGGAGCCUGGGAUGCACGUGAUUCUCCAGUGCCGGCAGCCUCCUAAGACAUUCCUCAAUAGCCUGACAUUCACUUUGCUGAAGGUGGGGACCCCUCAGCCCUUGCAGAGCCAGAGCCCAGCUGGGACCUCAGCUGACUUUCCUCUUCUCUCCAUGAGGGCCCAGGAUGCUGGCAACUAUAGCUGUGUCUACCAUGAGAGGAUGGCUCCACACCAGGUGUCUGAUGCCAGUGAGGUCCUAGAGAUCUGGGUGACAGAUGCACUUCCCAAGCCUUCCCUGAUAGCCUGGCCUGGUCCAGAUGUUGCCUCAGGGGCUAACAUGACCCUGCUGUGUCAGGGGCCUUCAUGGAGUACUAGAUUUAUUCUCCACAAGGAGGGGAGCAUGGAUACUCCUCAAGAUGUGUCCCAGUUCUCUUUGACCCAUGUGACCCCCAAGGACUCUGGAAAUUACAGCUGCAGGUAUCAGCCUGGCACCAAUGGCAGCCUCUGGACACAACCCAGUGACCCUCUGAAGAUCACAGUGAGAGCUUCAGUGCCCAGUAACACCCUCCUCAUCACCCUCAGCUGUGUCUCCUUCCUCCUCGUCUGCCUUCUCCUGCUGGCAAUCUUCUGCCAUCGAUCCAUCUGUAUAGCAGGAGCCUUGCACAGAGACAACCUUAAGAGAUUCUUCUGCUGCCCUUGUCUUCCUCAAGGUGUCUGCUUGCCCCAUCAUGCAGAGGCCCCCAGAGAUGAGGCACUAUAUACAGAAGUGGCCAAGGAGAGACCAAGCGAACCAUCGGUCUCUAAUUCUAAAGACCCCGAGGGAGUGACCUAUGCUCAUCUGAACCUAAGAACCUUGAAUAAGAGGCAAGCAGACCCCAAGGAGACACCCAUAGAGCCCACAGUCUAUGCCACUGUCUCCUUAGACUGAGAGUUUGGGUACCUUUCCAAAGGAAAUUCUCUCCCUCUUUGCUUCUCCCUCCAUUUCAUCUGUUCACUAGUACAUCUUCCUCAGAUUCCCCUAGUUGAGGAGCCAUGAUGCCUAUUGGGGAUAUCCAUUUUGGUCUAGAGGUGUACAGACCAAGCGCAUCUGUCUGUUGUGAUGAGAAACAUGUAACAUAUAUCAUGAGAAGUUUGCGGAAGUCCAUAACAGUUGUGACAAACAGGAAAAGGCUUCUGCAUUAGAUGGGAUUGAAGCUGAGUUUUAAAGGAAAUCAUGUGAACUAAGAGUCAAAUUGGAGGAAGGAUAACAGUCCAGGAAUGGGGGACAUCCAGGACAAAAGCCUGGAGCUAGGAAACUAUUUCAUGUAAAGAUAAAAAUAAAAAUAAAUCAGCCAAUGUGGCUGGCUCAUGGAGUGAGGAGAAGGCAAUAAAGUGUUAAAAUGAUUGGAAAAGUAAGAAGUCACUCAGGCUCAA